CCGGCCUUACGUCACGAGGGUGUGAUCAGUCCAGGGGUUCGCUUCGCAAUUUUAGCGCGAUUGCACUUCAGAUUUCAUUUUCUGUUUUGUCUCCGCGCGCCUCGGUCACAUCCUUCAGCAGGAGAGGAAGAUCAUGGAGCCCCACCGACCGCCUUCCAGCUAACCGGCAGCUUUAUCCGCUGCAACGGGAGAUGUCUUCUUCGCUAGCUAGCUGUGUAGGGUUGUGUGUGAUUGAAUAGUUUCCUGUCGUCGCUGGAGCUCUGACAGAGUUGCAGGUAAACGUCUGGACUGAGAGACAUGCAGACGUUUUUGCGGGGUAAACGCGUGGGCUACUGGCUCAGUGAGAAGAAGAUGAAGAAACUCAAUUUUCUUGCUUUCGCCGACAUGUGCAGGAAAAGAGGCAUCGAAGUGGUUCAGCUUGACCUGAGCCAGCCUCUGGAGGAGCAGGGCCCGUUGGACGUCAUCAUCCACAAGCUGACAGAUCUGAUCCUGGAGGCGGACCAGAAUGACACCCAGUCUCUGUUACUGGUUCAGCGUGUGCAGGACUACAUAGAUGCUCACCCUGAGACCAUAGUGCUGGAUCCACUCCCAGCCAUCAGGACACUGCUUGACCGCUGCAAGUCUUACCAGCUGGUCCACCGAAUAGAGGCCUGCAUGCAAGAUGAGAGGAUCUGCUCUCCUCCGUUUAUGGUGCUGAACAGUGAGUGUGGUCCAGACACACUAGAACGGAUCAAACAACAUGGUCUUACAUUCCCCUUCAUUUGCAAAACACGAGUAGCACAUGGAACCAACUCUCAUGAGAUGGCCAUUAUCUUUAGUGCUGAGGAUCUGAAGGAUGUGAAGCCUCCAUGUGUGAUUCAGAGCUUCAUCAACCAUAAUGCUGUGCUCUAUAAGGUGUUUGUGGUGGGCGAGUCCUACACCGUGGUGGAAAGACCCUCCUUGAAGAAUUUCCCAUCUGGCCCUGCUGACCGAAAAGCUAUUUUCUUCAACAGCCAUAAUGUGUCCAAACCAGAGUCAUCCUCAGACCUUACAUCUCGAGAUAAUGUAGAGGGUGUGUCCCAGCCACCCAACGAUGAUGUCAUUAGGGAACUGUCCAGAUCUUUGCGACAGGCUUUGAGAGUGUCACUCUUUGGCAUUGAUGUCAUCAUCAACAACCAGACAGGCCAGCAUGCGGUCAUUGACAUCAAUGCUUUCCCCGGAUAUGAGGGUGUUCCAGAGUUCUUCACUGACCUCCUCAACCAUAUCACCAGCGUGCUCCAAGGCCAAUCUUCCAGUGACCAUCAUCCUCUGCCACAGGCUUCACCCCCCUCAGCAGCAUUAACAGCUCCAGUGUCAGAAGAACGGAGCGGAGCCCCCUCCCAGGAGUGCUGCAGUCUGUUAGGGGAGGAGUCCGACAGCAGCACCAGCAGUGCAUGGAUCUUGGAGGGGGACGAAGGACUGAAGAGUCCAUGCCAGAGACUAGGCUGCAAUUCAGCAGUGUCACCCAACUUCCAACAGCACUGUGUGGCCACCAUCGCCACCAAAGCCUCCUCACAGUGACCACCUCCUUUCCCUCCACUGAACAAAACAAGACCAGAGUGAAUAAUAAUAAAUAACGAUAAUAGAUUAUAUUAAAGCGGUAUCUGUAAUCGGAAGUAAACCUUUUACUAUAUUUGUUGGUAGUGUUAAUAAUGAGGUGAUGGAUUCCUUUACCUUUUUGUGUAUUUUUAUUUUUCAAGUCUAACACUCAUUAAUGUAAAGUGAAUUCAGUAUUGAUCAACAAAUUUGUUGUAGUGUUCAUAUUUUGUUUUAAAAUGUAUUUUAUUUUGACUCGCUGAGGAGAGAUUAGUUUCAUGCUAGUCACUGGAGGGGAUUCUCGGUGUAUACUAUUUUGGUUUUGGCAGGAUGAGGGUUUUAAUAAUAAUGUAUUAAUUUGCCAGUGGACAUGCACCUGUCAGUCAAUCCUGUAACUUUUAACAGCUUUAUACUCCAUGUUAAGUGUCAAUCCUAUGUUGUAAUGGUCUCUGAUGUGUUCUUGUGCAAGCCUCCCCAUCACCUCCAAACUAAGACGAGCAAAUCUGAGCAAAACACUUUUUUGCUUCCUUUAGUGGCUGUGUAAUUGAACUCUAGGUGUUCAGAUUGAUGGUUUUAUUUUUUACCUGCUUUUGUAAAACAUUGACACGUGGCCUCUCUCUGUACUUAUUUUGUGACGAUCCAGUCGUGGGAAUUGCAGUGUCAUGGGUCAUUAAUGUUUUGAUUGUGUUUUAAGACAACAAAUGUCAAAAGUGCAUUUCUGUGUGUAGGUGUGCGUGCACGUGCGUCUGACCAGAAACUUUACAUUCCAACAUUUUGGUUGUGGUCUGGCGCAGGUUUUUUUUUUUUUUUGGUUUGUUUGUUUUUUUAAAUUGUAAAUUUCUAUAAUUACAUCCCCUUAAGUCUUACUCUUGGUUAAUAGAAAUGGAGAGUUGUGUUUUGAUGACUAUAGAUAUGGAGGCGUUUAGUAUUUUUAAAUAACACAAAGGUAUGUUUUUGAGAAAUUACACUUGAAGGUGAUUAUUAAUGUCUAGUCCUACAAUCAUUCCUCUUUAGGUGAUCAAAUUAUAUUUAAUUUAUAUUCAGUAUUUUUUUGUUUUACUAAGGAAUGGCUACCGUAUCUAAAUUCUUUAGAUUAUUUUAAUCUGGUUAUAUGAAAGAGUGAGUGUUGCUUGUUUAAUUAAAGUUUGUAUGCUGAAGAGCAAAUCAGCUCCACUUCAAAUGAAUUGAUGAUGAUAAUUAGCUUUUUGACCCCUUUUGAAAACAAUUAAUUGCCUUUAUUUAGAAAAUGCAACCAGUGCAAAUGGUUUACCUGAAUUAAGGGCAUUAAUUAUAUAAGCACUACAGUCUUAAAAGACUUUAUUUUGUAAAAUGCACCAUCUCUGCAUGAUGUACAUUUCACAUGAUUCAUAAGCUAAUUUUGUUUUUGAUAUACACUUUUAUUAGUAAAUGUUGAUACAUUGGUUUGAUUUAGCAAAGAGGAAAUUGAAAUCAGAUGGGAUUCUUUGGCUAGUUGGGGAAAAAAAUCAGAUAAACAGAUUGAUCAUCUGUUUAAAAAUAUAUUUAAAAGGGAAAUAUAGCAAUCUAGUUUGGAAAUUGAAUUUGGGCAUUAUGAUAAUUUUAUUAUUACUAUUAUACUGUUAUACUCGAGCAAUCAACAAUGUUUGAAUGAGACAGUUUGAAAAUAGUAACGGGAGAUUUGUACAGAUGCAUAUGGGCAAAAUUAUGAGAUUUAUUUUGUGCUUUGCUCAGUCAAAUCCUAUUCUCGCUUCAGGAGCUGGUUUGGGCCACAGAUGUAAAUUUGUUUUGAAGAACUUUGAUAUUUCCACUGAGCAAUUUGGGGAAAUGUUACUUGUAAAAUAUUAUUGCUUUCCUUCACCUCUAGAGGUCCAUUGUUAAAAGUCAAACAUUUUUUUUUAAUAAUUCAGUGUGUAUACCAGAAUGCUAAGCACCUUUGCACAAAAAUGAUUUCAACUAUCAGCCUUCAUAGUUGCUUUUGUUGGAUGGUAUCAACUUUCUGCUGGGUGGAAUACUUUAACUGCCUAUAUAAUCAUCAUAGUGAACUUGACAUGUUUGAACGUGUGUAGACAUGAAACAAGUGCAGUUUUGCCAAUCUUUUGUGUUAUAUAUAUAUAUAUAUAUAUAUAUAAUGGUCGCACGUGGCUGAUAUGAGGUGAGAUUAAAGUUGUCACAUGCCCUGAAAAA